AUGGAAGAAGGAGGAUGCGAACCGAACACAGUUUCCUAUAACACCAUCAUCCACAGUCUCUGCAAGGAUACACUAAUUGAUGAAGCAUUCAACCUCUUCUCAGAAAUGAUUAGUAGAGGUAUUGCUCCAACCGUUGUUACUUACACCUCUUUGAUUCAAGGAGUUUGCAAUAUACGCCAGUGGAAACAAGCUACAGCGUUGUUGAAUGAAAUGGUGAGUCAAGGUAUCUUUCCAGAUAUCCACACCUUCAAUGUCUUGGUUGAUACACUGUGUAAGGAAGGGAUGGUUGUGGAAGCCGAAACUGUGGUUGAGACGAUGAUUCAAAGAGAUAUCGAGCCUGACGUCAUUACUUACAACUCACUUAUGGACGGUUACUGUUUGCAAGGAGAAAUGGACGAGGCAAAACAUGUUUUUCAUCUAAUGGUUAGUAAGGGCUCCUUGGUUAAUGUUCGUAGUUGUAACAUAUUGAUAAAUGGAUAUUGUAAGCAGAAAAAGACCGAUGAGGCCAGUAAGAUUUUUCAGGAAAUGACUUGUUGGGAGCUUGUUCCAGACACCAUUACUUUUAACACUCUUAUUGAUGGUUUUUAUAAAGCAGGGAGAAUACAAGAGGCAGAAAAGUUGUUCUCUGAGAUGCAAGAUUGUGGCCAACUUCCAGCUGUUCAAACUUAUAAUAUUAUAGUUGAUGGCCUGUGUAACAACCAACAACUUUCUACAGUACUAGAAUUGCUCAGAGAUAUGGAAGGCAACAAGUUGGAACUAGAUAUUGUAGUUUACAAUACUAUCAUUGAAGGUUUGUGCAAAGCUGGGAAAAUGGAUUCUGCAAUAGAUCUCUUCUCUGGUUUGUCGUCAAAGCAUCCUCAACCUGAUGUGUGGACGCAUAAGAUAAUGAUUCUUGGAUUUUGUAAAGGAGGCCUAUUAAGUGAAGCUGAAAAAUUGUUUACAGAAAUGAAGGAGAAAGGCUGUUCUCCAAAUGGCUGUACCUAUAACACAGUUAUCCGAGGUUUUAUGAAUAACAGUGAGACAUCAAGGGCUAUGGAACUUAUUCAAGAAAUGCGUGAGAGGGGUUUCUCUGCAGACACAUCAACUCUGCACUUGAUUGUUGGUUUAUCGUCGAAGGAUACAGUAGAUCCUGUAUUAUUAGCAUGGCUUAAAGAUUCAGUCUGA